CCGCGCUUACAAGUGAGAGUGAGAGCAGAUAAUUCGGGGAAGAAGAAGAAGCUCGCCGUGAGGAGAGAGGUCUAGCUAGAGUGAGAGUGAGAGUGAGAGAGAGAGGGUGUGUGUGCUUGUUCGAUGGACUGGUACGCGUGGCUGGCGAAGGCGGGGCUGACGCCGGCGGCGACCUACGAGUACGGGCUGCUCUUCAGCGAGAACGAGCUGGAGCCGGGCGACGCGCCGGACUUCGACCACGACCUGCUCAAGAGCAUGGGCAUCGCCGUCGCCAAGCACCGCCUCGAGAUCCUCAAGCUCGCCAGGAAGGACGCCGCCGCCGCCGCCGCCGCGUCCCACUCCUCCUCCUCCGCGGCCGCCCGGCUCGCGCGCAGGGCCGGCAGGUGCAUCGCGCGGUGCGCGCGCCGGCUGGGCGGCGGGGGCGCCGGCGGGAGGCGGUACUCCUCGUCCUCGGUCACCGUGGUGCCGAGGAUCUGCAACGGCGCGGCGGGGGACGUCGUGGUCCGCGCCGGCGCCGUGCGGCGGAGGAGCAGCGUCAAGAAGAUGGUGCUCAUGAUCACCGACGGCGGCGUCGGCGCCGGCGCCGGCGUCCGGUUCUCCGGGUCGCAGAAGGCCAGCCUCAUGUUCCAGGACUGCGCGUACGAGGACGAGGAGGAGGACGGGGAGCGGUGCUCCGACGGCGGCACGGCCGGCGGCGAGAGCGAGAUCAAGUGGGACUCCAUGUUCCAGGACCUCAAGCCGACGUGAGCUGCGCUGCGUGACGACUGACCACGCCGAGCACGCCAUUUCCUCUUUGCCCCCUCGAUCGCUUAUCGUGAUCGAUCGAGAUUACUGUUUUUCUUGGUGUGCUAGCGAGAGUGUGGCCUCUGGUUUUGUCUUCUGUAAAAUUUGGGUUUGGAGUGAAGAACUGAAGAUCAAGAACGAUCUGCGCACCACUU